AGUCGCUAGAAUCCGCCAUUCUCAAUAAAGCAUAACUAGAGCGGUACCUUCGCAGAGUCUCUAUAAUAUAUGACAGACUUACAUAAUCAAGUCGGCAGUCGAAGAUGACAUUGACUCCUGUUCACUUCUUUUCCCAUGGCUCCACCAUGAUGCUUCGAGAACACUGCUCAUCGACUGACUAUUGGAAACAAUGUGGCGACGAGGCUCUCAAGCAUGGAAUCAAGGGUGUCGUAUUUAUGGGAGCGCACUGGGACACCAUCGGCGACCAGAUCCAGGUUUCCACAAAUCCAAACCCAGCCAAGAGUCCUGUUGCAUAUGUGCAUCCGUCUAAGUACGUGGACUACGAACUGAAUCCUGACAUUCGAACUGCAAACCGAUGUAUCGACCUCCUGGCGAAGGCAGGCUACAAUGUGUCCGGAAAUGACAAAUUCGACUGGAUCCAUGAUGUAUAUCUUAUUCUGGUCCGGAUGUUUCCAAAAGCAUGCCCUCCAACUACGAUCAUAUCGCUCAACGCUCGCUAUGAUCCUCACUAUCAUAUGAAAGUUGGAUCCACUCUGCGCCAUUUACGAAAAGAAAAUUAUCUCUUAAUUGGAACUGGUGGCUCUGUUCAUAAUCUCUAUCGGAAUCGCUGGGCGCCUAUGCUUCGCUUCCGAGAUAACUUUGCCCAAGAUUCGCCUCCUGAGACUUGGGCGCUGGAAUUUCGACAAGCUGUCGAAGAUGUUUUCACAAAGAACUCUGGACCCGCUCUGCGACGGGCAGUAACAAGACUUAUGAAACAUCCUGAAUACCGGGACGCACAUGCUACGGAUGAUCAUUUCAUGGCAGCUAUGUUCGUUGCUGGAGCAGCGGGGGAUUUUGAGGACGAGGGCACGUUCGCAGUACUGGGUGCUGAGACAUGGGAACUCACAAAUAUGUGCAACACCCAGUAUACCAUUGGAUCGUGGUAGUAGCAUGUCCCAAUGUGUUAAUCUGUAUUUAUAAGGAACUUCACGG